CUAAGAAUUUAUCAUCAACCAUGUUAGAUCGGUAUAUUCGCGGUAUAACGCUACAUAUCAGGGUCGAUUAAUCGGGCGUGUUCAUGUGGCGCAGCUUGUUGUUAUUGCGCGAUCACCCACUGGCGCUGCUGUCAGCCACGACUUGCGCUUGCGCUUUUUCCAGGGUCAUCGGCCGCUGCGCCCUUUUCUUUCCCAGCCCGAGUUUCCAAAAUGACUGGAGAGAAGAUCCGCUCAAUCCGUAAAGAUCACACACCGGGCAAGGAGGAGGAUUUACUGGAGCCGGACGAGGAGGCUGCGACCGGGACCUUCACUUCAUCCGGCAGGAAUAAUAAAGCCAAGAACAACAAGAUCUUCAGCAACCACAAGAUCAUCAGAUCCGCCUCACAGCAAAGCAAUCACCAGAUCCAGAUCAACUCCAACACCAACAAUGGCAUCGCCACCCAGGAAACUAUCGACGAUAAAAACAAAAACCCGAUUAUUCGAAGCGGAGCUGAAUACCCCGUACAUGAGUGCGUGUUCAAGGGAGACGUGCGCCGAUUAUCGUCCCUCAUCCGCACUCAGAACAUCGCGCAGAAAGAUGCACACGGAAACACUCCUCUUCAUCUGGCUGUAAUGAUGGGCCAUAAAGAAUGUGCCCAUCUUCUGCUGGCCCACAAUGCACCAGUGAAAGUGAAAAAUGCUCAAGGUUGGAGUCCUCUUGCUGAGGCCAUCAGUUAUGGAGACAGACAGAUGAUCACAGCAUUGUUGAGGAAGCUGAAACAGCAGUCCAGAGAAAGUGUAGAGGACAAGAGACCUCGCCUACUCAAAGCUCUUAAAGAGCUUGGGGAUUUCUAUUUGGAGCUUCACUGGGACUUUCAAAGCUGGGUGCCUUUACUCUCUAGAAUUUUGCCAUCUGAUGCCUGCAAGAUCUACAAACAGGGAAUCAACAUCAGGUUGGACACUACCCUCAUCGACUUCACAGACAUGAAAUGCCAGAGAGGAGAUCUGAGCUUCAUCUUUAACGGUGAUGCUGUGCCCUCCGAGUCCUUCGUGGUGCUGGACAACGAGCAGAAAGUGUACCAGCGGAUACAUCACGAGGAGUCGGAGAUGGAGACGGAGGAAGAAGUGGACAUUUUGAUGAGCAGCGACAUCUAUUCUGCCACCCUGUCCACCAAAUCCAUCACCUUCUCCAGAGCACAGAGCGGCUGGCUCUUCCGUGAGGACAAAACUGAACGUGUUGGGAAUUUCCUGGCUGAUUUCUACCUAGUCAAUGGCCUGGUUCUGGAGUCCAGGAAGCGGAGGGAGCACCUGAGCGAGGAGGAUAUUCUAAGGAACAAGGCCAUCAUGGAGAGCCUUAGCAAAGGUGGAAACCUCAUAGAGCAGAACUUUGAGCCGGUGAGACGCCAGUCCCUGACCGCUCCUGCUCCCAACACUGUUUCCUGGGAGGAGUACAUUUCAGCUGAAACUGGAAAAGCUCUUCAUCUUGGAAGAGAGCUGGUGUGCAAAGAGAGCAAGAAGAACUUUAAAGCUACUGUAGCCAUGAGCCAAGAUUUCCCUCUAGGCAUUGAGUCGUUAUUAAAUGUAUUGGAAGUGAUUGCACCCUUCAAGCACUUUAAUAAACUCAGAGAAUUUGUUCAAAUGAAGCUCCCUCCUGGUUUCCCUGUUAAACUAGACAUCCCCGUGUUCCCCACCAUCACAGCCACCGUGACAUUUCAGGAGUUUCGUUAUGACGAAUUCGAGGAGUCGAUUUUCACCAUCCCCAACGACUACAAGGAGGAUCCCAGCCGUUUUCCAGAUCUUUAAUCUGGAAAACCCAUUUUGCUGCAAGGGAUCUCCCUUCGUUUUCUGUAUCUGCUCUCUUAAUAAUAAUGUGACUCUUUUUUUUCCUCAAAGGGAGCAACACUUAACUCACAUGUGUGAGCUUUGAUAUGAAACUUUACUGCACGAUUCUGUACCUGCAGACGAAAGACAGACGAACAACAGUACUGUAGAUGAUGUCGGUAUAAAGGGAUUCGCUGAUGUGUAGCAACUGUCAACGGAACUGUUAAGACACUGAGCUGGACAAAGAGUAAUGGAGCAGGAUGGAACGUUAUGAGAAUGCACUACAUUACAAAGCACUGUGUAGCGCGCUUCACGUUCAGGAAGGUGACCAAUGCUGCAGUGUAGCUCUCCGGACUUCACACGUUCAUACAGUGUCUGAAACACAACACAACACAGCUUUUAUCAUCAUCAGGAAACGUGGCAUUAUGUGUUCUGUAUUUAUGUCAACUUUUCAUACACAACUGUACAGUUGAGGUGCGAAUGGACCCCCAGAUGAUUUUGAGGUGUCUGAAACAUGACAAUAUACAUAUAUUCUUUGUGUGGUAUACCUCUGUAAAUACCUUUGUUUGCAUUUUUCUGUGUAUACAGUCGCAAACGCUAAUGUCACUCAUUUCUCUGUGUUUCUACGGUUGCAAGAAAAGCAUAGUGAACCCCUUUGGAAAUACUUGGAUUUUUAUUUAUUUAUGUACGUACUUCUUUAUUUUGUAUUUUUUCCAGUCAUUUUUCAUCCCAGUGUAAUCAUUGCUAGUUCUCCUGCUAUUAUCUUGCCGCUUGAACCACCCCCACGCUGGUCGAGGAAAGCUGAGACUAGACACACACACCCUGUGACAUGCGGAGGUCGUUGUUCGCAUCUUUUCACCUGCAAGUGACGGAGUCUCACAGAAAGCCAUAGCGCAUAUGAAGAGACACCCUAAAAAUGUUUCAUUAUUAGUGCAGGCCAAUUGUGCCCGUCAGGACCCCGGCCAGGUAGAUAGCACAGCUGCGCCUGAAAAGAUCAAAUGCGAUCUACUUAUGAAACGAGCCGAACUAAAACACUAAGUUUUGCAUAAGCUGAUUACAUGCUGCAAGUUAGUGCCACAGCUGUAGUGUGGAAGUACUGAUGAUCUUUGUUUGUGAGAAUUUGCCAUGUUCUUUCUCCACAUUGUCUGCUUUCCUCUACAAAACAGUACUUAGUCCUGCUAUAGGUAAGUCAGUGUGAGUGUAUGAUGCUCUAAAUAGACUGGCGCCCUUUUUAUUUCCACCUUGUGUCCAGUGUCUCCUGAGAGCACCGGAACCUCCACGGGACUGACCAGAAUGAUCCACUCACUCACUCGCUUUCUUAACCGCUUAUCCAAUUAGGGUCGCGGGGGUGGGGUGGGCUGGUGUUGGAGCCUAUCCCAACUUUUCAGUGGGCGCAAGGCACACAGUAACACCCUGGACGGGGCACCAGUCCAUCACAGGGCAGACACACAUACCGGAGCCCCCGGAGGAAACCCACGUGGACACUGCACAGAAAGUACCCGGACCGCCCUGCCUGGGGAUUGAACCCAGGACCUUCUUGCUGUGAGGCGACAGUGUUACGCACUGAGCCACCGUGCCACCCCCAGGAUGAAUCAGUUAGUGAAAAUGAAGAAAUACAGCCUGGCUUCUUUGUAGUUGAGUAGUUAUUUUUAUUUAUUUAUUUAUUAGGAUUGUAACGUCAUGUUUUGCACACUUUGGUUACAUUCAUGACAGGACAGUUAGUUACUGGUUACACAAGAUUCAUCAGUUCAAGUCUUUAAUGUCAAACACAGUCAUGGACAAUUUUGUAUCUCCAAUUCACCUCACUUGCACGUAUUUGUACUGUGGGAGGUAACCGGAGCUUCUAGAGGAAACACACACAGACAUGGGGAGAACAUGCAAACUUCACACAGAAAGGACCUGGACCGCUCCACCUGGGGAUCGAACCCAGGACCUUCUUGCUGUGAGGCGACAGUGCUACCCACCGUACCACCGUUUAACACAAUUUCUGUUAAGGCUUUUGCUGGCCCAUUGCAGUUGCCUUUGUGAGUUUUUUUAAGUAAACCUCCUUUAACGUUGUGCUCUUGGUAUGAUCUGUGCAGGACACCAACCAUACAGAAUUUCCUCUAUUUAAAGAAGGUUGGGUUUCUUUUAGCUCCAAUGACCAACCACAAGUUUUUGUUGCCCCUGCAAGCUUUUUUGCACAUCUGUUUUGAUAUUUGGUUCAACCUACACCUACCAUAUGAUUGAUUAUGGCAGGUGGAUCACAUGACUUUCAAAGAUGAUGUUCCUGCAGGUGCACAUACUUUUUCAAUCUAUGGUAUUCACAAAUAACAGUUGUUUUAUUACAAUGAGUUACAAUCCUGUUAAAACUUGGAUUUACCACAUUUGUGAAUAAUUAUUUGGAAAUUCUUAAUUCCAAGCGGGUUCAUAAACUUUUUCUUGCAACUGUAUUAUGUUUUUACUGUGACAGACCACUCAAGUUCCGUGAACGUUACAGAAGUUGAAGUACUAAACAUUCAGAAACCUGCCCCGCUUUUACCCUUGUGAUGUCUUAAUUUGGAUAUAUCCCAUUCCCUUGUGCACUUAGGCAACCUGCUGCAUGGUUGCAGCAGUAGGGCUGGUGGAACAGAGGAAACAAACUGAGCUCUGUUGUAGGGAGCAAGUACAUUAAACUGCUGCGCCACAAUUCUUCACCUUUUCAAGCUUGGUUAAAAUCCUGGUUCUCUGAUUUAUGAAAGGAAUUAUUUUGGAGUGCGCAUUCAUUUGUAAAUGUAGUGUACAGAUUCAGUUUGCGGUUGGAUUGAAGCGUUUAUCUCUCUAUUAUUGUCCUAAUUUCUACCUUGAUUGAUAGAUGUAGAUAUCCACUAUAUAUAACACUUAAGAAGCUACAGCAUCUGCUCUGACAGCUGUGUAAAUGUUUGAGGAAAAGCCUGGUGAGAUAUUAAUAAGAAUUUCUAUAUCGUGAUGUUUUGCAGAUGAAUGGAAAUGCACCAGCAGGCAUGAUGUUUAAAUGAUUUUAAAAGGAAGAAGUAUUUAUGUAACCCUGGUUUUUUCUGUUUGUUUACACUGGAUUCAGUCAGACAUUGUUAAAUGCUUCCAAGCUGCACUACUGGUUAGUGUGGUGAACUAGCACCUGCUUUAUUUCCCUUUUUAACCUCCAGCUUCAGGUCUAUGUUUUGUGUUUUUUCCUAGUUUUUCAUUUGUGGCCUGGUUUUAACCUGGGCUCAACACAUGGAAAAACUAGUUGUACAGCAAGAAACUUGUAUGCCACACUUUUUCCUUGAGGAAUUGUACCUAAUAAAAUGUCUACAUACCAAAA